AAAUGACGGGGUUUUUACUGCUAUUUCUUUUAAGUACUGUUUUUGGUGCCACCAUAAAUACUGACUGGCGUAUCGUUGGGGGCCAAACGGAAGCGGAUGGUGCUUUUCCUUACCAAGUUUCUAUACGUAUUGAUGGAAAACAUGGUUGGUGGAGGAUCCAUAAUUGAUGCCACCACUAUUCUCACUGCAGGUCACUGCCUGCGUGGGUUUGAUGAACUGCCUAUGCAUAUCACCGUAGGAUCCAAUACCCUGGACCAAGGAGGCGAUUCGUAUGAGGUAUCUGAGCGCCGACCUCAUGAACUGUUUGACUUGUGGACGACAGGAGUCAAGUACGAUAUUGGAAUAGCGAAGUUAAAGACUCCAAUCGUAUUCAAUGAAAAGGUUAAACCCGUAAAAUUCCUAUCAGAAACCUAUGUAGGCACCUCUGUCGGCUGUGUUUUGUCUGGGUGGGGAAUGACGAAAUACCCCGGAGAACCAGCCAAUGAGUUGCACUAUUUGGAUUUGGUAAACUUUUCUCUUGAAAAAUGCAGCGAGAUGUGGAAAGAUAAGUAUCUUAUGCCAAUUGACGAUUCACAAAUUUGCACUUUUGCAAUGGUUGGUCAAGGAGGAUGCCAAUUCGAUUCCGGCGGUCCAUUAGUUUCUGGAGGCGGAAUCCAAAUUGGUAUUGUGUCAAUGGGAGAUCCAUGCGCCACAGGCAUGCCUGAUGUCUUCACUAGGGUUUCCCACUACAGAGACUGGAUCGAAAAGAACAGACAAUAAUUUAUUCCCUGUCAAUGUAUUUAGUCCAAUAAGAAUAGAUCAAAAAAUGGCAAAUAGGGGAACUAAAUCAUGUAUUACUAAUUCCUUCGGAAAUGUGUAGCAGGAGGUUCUCUGAUCAACAUAUAAUAAAGUCCCCCCGACUACCAGGUGUGCUAGAGGGGCGAGGGGGGGAGACCGAGGUUUUGAUGGUCACAUUUUAUCGCUUUUUCCUUACAAAUCGAAAACGGUGUGUCCUAGAAAAAAAUUCUUUAUGUUGAUUAGGGAAACGUCCCUUACACAAUUCCGAAGGAACUGGUAAUACAUGAAUUAGUUCCUUUAUUUUUCCUAUUCUGAC